CCUUGCGUGCUGGUUCCUCCGCCCGGGGACAUCGGCCCUUCUAUAUUCGAAGGCCCUCGGGGCUUACAGCGACCUGCCGUGUUAUUCUAUAAACAUGGCUAACAUGGCCAUGGUUAUCCCCUUGGCGCAGAAAACCUCCAGCAGUUCUGUUAUCGGUCAAAAUGGUUUUGUGACAGAAAGAGCACAUCUUAAAGCUUCAUUGGCAGAAUCCGAGUCAAUGUACUCUGAGUUACCCCCGAACUUUGGGGAGGUUGUGGAAGGAAUCUAUCGCAGCGCGUUUCCCAGCCCUUGGAAUCUUCCCGCGCUCGAGAACCUGGGUCUAAAGACUAUAAUCACUCUCGUCGAAGAACCGUACGGUGUGAGUCAUAUGAGUUUUCUUCGCGAGAAUGGGAUCGCGCACUUUCGCGUUAUCGUCCAAGCAAACAAGGAUCCCGAAGAGAAGACCCCUGAUCAUGUAAUCAAUGGUAUCCUUGAAAUUCUCCUCAACAAGGCCAAUCAUCCGAUUCUUAUUCAUUGCAACAAGGGAAAGCAUCGCACUGGCUGCGUAGUGGCCUGCUUCCGAAAGGUUCAAGGUUGGAAUUUGCGCGAUGUUCUUGACGAAUAUUUAAGUUACUCCUGGCCAAAAUCUAGAGCUCUGGACGAAAGGUUUAUCGAAGCGUUCGACGCAACCAAACUCAACCAGGUGGCCAAGGAUUCUGGUGUCAAAAUGUGGAAACCCACAGGUAACCACAGAAAUCCAGAGCCCCAUGCGCUGCGUUCCACAUUUUGACGGGCAUCUCAGUUGCCCGAACCAGUUAACCAUCACGACUCACGACAACUUGCUACCUCGAGAAAGAGAUUUACGGGAUUUUUACAAAGAUCAAUGCAUUUACAUGGAUUAAAGAGCGCAAGUUUUGAGGGUUAUUGUGCCUUAAUAGAGCAA